AUGAGUUCCACCAGUGGGGGUGGCAACCGCGACCGCGACAAAAAUCGCAAAUAUGCAUCUGGAGCAGCAAAACGAAAGGCAAAGGAUGAACGAAUUUUACGGGAAAGUAAAGUUUUAAGUAAAAUGCCGAAAAUAUCGGAACUGUUUCCUCCGAAGGCUGAUGAAGGUUCUUCUGAGCUGACUGCUGCAGAUGAAGCGAUGACAACAAUGGCAGAAGCAGUUGAGGAACCCGACACCAGCGACACAUCCAAGGAGUUGACAUCUGGUGAUACGUCCAUUUCCACUGAUAACAGUGAUGGAUACUCUUGUGAUUUGGGAUUAUGGCCUACUGAUAUUUCUGACAAUAUGAGAGAGCACUGGGCAGGUCAAGGCAGUAGUCAGUGCAGAAAUUCCGAUGCCGAUUUCAGCGCAACAUCAACAAGAUAUGAGGGAGAUGCUUACAAUAGACGAUGUCAAAAAACUUUGUUCACGUACACACAUGAGCUUACAAAACAGCAACAUCCUCGAAACUGGCUCUGCUAUUCACCAUCCAAACAUGUCGUGUUCUGUUUUGCGUGUAAACUCAUGACUGACAGCAUCGUUUUUGGAAAACAAGGUUAUAAUGACUGGAAACGCGCAUCCCAGUCAAUUCCACGACAUGAGAAAAGUUCAGCGCACCGUAAUGCUGUUUUUCAGCUACUCCAACGUAGCGAUGCUGGCUGCCGUAUUGAUUCAGAACUGGUCACACAGGCCAGUGAUGAGCGUAACUAUUGGCGGGCAGUACUUGAGCGGGUAACAGAAACCAUCCGUUACUUUUCCGAGCGAAGUUUACCAUUUCGCGGCACUGAUGAGAUCGUUGGAUCGCCAAAAAACGGUAACUACCUGGGAACAUUAGAACUUAUAUCGAUGUUCGAUCCAUUUCUAGCGCAACACAUCAACCGUAAUGCAAAUAAGGGAAAGGGUCACACAUCCUAUCUCUCAAAGACCAUUUGCGAGGAAUUCAUCCAACUGAUGGCAACUCGAGUUCGCAAGCAGAUUUUUACAGAAGUUAAAGCUGCAAAGUAUUUCUCCGUCUGUGUAGACUCUACCCCAGAUAUUUCCCACGUUGAUCAACUGACAUGCAUUCUUCGAUACGUUUUACCCUCUGGUCCUGUCGAACGAUUUGUAUCUUUCCUUAACAUACGUGGACAUAGCGGAAAAUUGCUAGCUGAAAGGCUACUAGAUUAUUUGAAAACCAAUAAUAUAAAUAUUUCGGAUUGCCGCGGCCAGUCAUAUGACAAUGCAAGCAAUAUGAGUGGGAAAUAUAAUGGUAUGCAGGCCAUUAUUCAGCAACAUUGUAGCCUAGCACAGUACAUACCCUGCGUCGCACAUUCCCUUAAUCUUGUUGGACAAUCAUCUGCCAGUUGUUGUCAAGAAGCAUCAAGAUUCUUCAACUUCCUCCAACGAUUGUACUCUUUCUUUGCUGCUUCAACGCAUCGUUGGAAAGUUUUAAACGACCAACUUUCAAGCAAGAGACUUCCAACGGUUAAACGUAUGUCUGAUACUCGAUGGUCAGCACGUGCAGAUGCUACAAAAGCUCUAGUAAUAGGAUACGAGGAAAUUAAUGCUGCUUUAGACGAGAUCCAUGAUGAUGAAGAUGAGAAGCCUGAAGCCAAAAAUGAAGCCAAUAGUCUUGCGUCUGAUAUGGCCCAGCUUGAAAUUGGAAUUCUGGCAGCAUUAUGGCAUCAAAUCUGGCAACGAUUUCAGAGAACAAGUCAGAUCCUGCAAUUAGCUGAUCAAGAUCUCAACACUGCUGUUGCAUUAUAUGAAUCGCUGAUUGAGUUUGUCCUUUCGCUGCGAACCAGAUUUGAAGAAUUUGAAGCCAAAGGAAAGGAGCUCAGUGAAUGUGAUCAAUAUAAAGAAGAGAUCAAGUGCGUGCGUAAACGAAAUCGUCGUAACGACGAGCCAGGAUCAGCACCUGAUUUGUUGCAGAUUCCAGCCGACAAGUUUCGCACAGGUACUUUCCUUGUAAUAAUCGAUAGUCUGGAUGCUGAGUUGCGAAAACGACUGAGUGCUUACAUCAACAUUGCUGAAAAGUUUGGCUUUCUGCGAAAGCUUACAGAUCUGCCAGCUGAAGACGUGUUGGAAAACGCACAAAGAUUGCAAAAAGCAUUUUCCACUGACCUCGAAGUCAAUUUGGGUGAUGAAUUGCUCCAGUUUUCUAGCUUUCUCAACACAGAAUUCGUGAAAAGAGCAUUAGAUGCGAGUCAUGCAGCUGCACCUCAUUAUUCUUCAGCUCGAAUUGGAUCUUCUGCUCAGCCUAGUGAAGACCAUGACAUCGAUGUAACAUCCGAUGAUGAUGACGACAUCAAAGUGAACGUAGACUCCUAG